GUUGAAAUUUGGGACACGCCUUCCUGGCUGUGUUUAAGGACAAUCUCAAAUGCCCACUCACAACCAAUUACUUGUUUAUUUUUCAAUGGGCUCACAAUAAUUAGUGGAUCAGAAGACAGCACUGUGAAUUUCUGGAAUGUCCAUACAGCUGAGAAUCUUGGUUCCCUAGAGCACUACAAUGGUGUCACAUCUUUGAAAUUCUCAAAGCUUCUCUUGGUGACGGCUUGCGUUGAUGGAAUGAUAUAUUUAUGGAACGUCACGACUCAUGGACUACUCAUGCAGUGGAGUCUAGAGUCUGACAUCAUAAUAGUUGAUAUUUGCGUUGACAGAGGAAAAGUAUAUGCUGCUGCCAGUGACGGAGUCAUUCAUGAAUGGGAUAUAGCUACAGGGGCUUGUGUUAGAAUGUUAAAAGGACACUGUAGACCAUUGACAGCAUUAUGGGUUGGAAAUUAUAAAAUUGUCAGUGCUGCUGAAGAUCAAAGCCUUUGUGUCUGGCAACCAGAGAAACUGCCUGUUCAAGGAGAAGAGGGAAUUGAGAAAUUCUAUUCAUUUGUUCCAGUAAAAACUGUCAUGUUGUAAGAGACGAUUCUUGUACAUUACAACUAUAAUUGUCAAUUCAUCAAUUUAAAUUAUUGCAAAUUAUGAUUAUAAUACUGAGA